AAUUUCUAGCACAGUACCUCUGUCGACAGCACUGGAUCAUCAUGAAGGCUUCCAUCCUCUUUAUGCUGGUGGCUUCUGCCCUUGCCGCUCCAUCAACCAUCCCUCGCUUCAGGAGAGGCCACCUCAGGAUUGUUGGAGGCACGGAAACCACUCCGGGUGAGAUCCCCUUCCAGGUGAGCUUCCAGGACACUUCCUUCGGCAACAACUUCCACUUCUGCGGGGCUUCUGUCUACACACCUGACACUAUGAUCUGCGCGGGGCACUGCGUCCACGGGGACAACUACGAUAAUCCUGAAAAUUUGAGGGUAUGCGGCAUUGUCUCAUGGGGAAAAGGAUGCGCCGAAGCUGGACAUCCUGGUGUUUACACUGAGGUAUCCUACUUUGUGGACUGGAUCCUUGCUAACGCCGCUUAA